AUGGCCCCUGCGGCGGGUUGCAGCAUGGUCACCUCGAACAAGACGAUUGCAACGCUGGGCAGUAAACAACACCACAAGCCCGCCAGACCUCCCAGCGGUAUUGGGCCCCCUGCUGCCCGCCCUCCCGGCGGCCGCGCUGUCCACGAAGCCCGCAGACUCGGUUCUCGAGCUGCUCUCCCCGAUCCUGCGGCAGCGCUUGCUGAGGCCCCCGCCGUCUCGUCCUCACAACCACAGCACCAACACCAGCACCACCAGCAACAACGAGACGAGACGCCCUGGAUCAGACUGCUCUGCUACAACCCAGCCGCCGCAGCACAACUCCAGGCCACGGCUCAGUCCGCCGCGCUCGAGCUGCACCCCGUGUCCGGCGAGGUCGAGGUGGACUGGGACUACGACGCAAAGGCGCGGUACCGCCGGCUCGACGAGGAGACCCUGCAGUGCCUGGUCGCCGUGGAGCCGCUGGGGCUGGGCUUCCGGCUCGUGUUGUGCACCGAGGGAUGGAAGGUCGGCGAGGUCACCGUCGUGCCUGCUGCGGCGGCGGCCAGUAGUAGCGGCAUCGGUGGUGGUGGUGGUGGCGGCGGCGGCGAGGGGAGUCUAUUUGCCAGCGUGUUCGGCGGGAGUGAGGGCCACAAGUCACUCCAAGAAGCGGAGGCGGCUUUCAAACAGUCCAAAUCCGCCUCGAGUACGGCCAAGCUACAACAACCACAAUCCAGCAACAACCAUGAUAAUGAAGCCAAAGACGAUGACAAUGACGACGACGAUGACGACGAUGACUACUGGGCGCAAUACGACGCCGCGACAUCCACACAGGCGACCCCGCAACCACCACGCACUCCGGCGGGGGCCAACACCAACAACAGCGGCAACAGCAUCAGGGACUACCCGGGCUUUGCCGGGCAAGGAGGAGAUCAUAAUGACGAUGACUAUUACGCACAGUACGACGACGUUCAGCCGGCCAUGGAUAAUCAUGACCCGGACGAGGAGAUGGUGGAUCUUGCUCACGGGCAGCGCGAAGCCGGCCCAUUGGCCUACGCACAACACAACCGGCAGGAGCCCCUUGAGCAGAAGUCCCCAGAGACCGAGAUGGCACACCCGACACCGUCACGUUCCAACUCGAGCGCUGGCUCGACAACGUCGGUCGAGAAGCUCGAGGCAGUGGCGCAGAGGCUCGAGCAGAGCGAGUUUGGGGUCAAGCAGCACGUCUCACGCACAAUGAAGAGCCUCUACAUGCUUGCCAGGGCGUCAGGCAUCGAGCGGCAGGAAUUCGAAAGGCUCGUCCGGGUAGAGCUGGACAUGUUACCCAUGAUGGACGAGAAUGAGUAG